CCAUAUAGAGCAUAGCACAUAGUUUACCUGUGGGGUGAAUUCUAAGAGUUCCGAGUUUCUCUGUGUAUAUGUGUACAUAAAUAGCUUCCAAUAUACUUGUAAUUUUUGCAAAUUCCGCUUUUACAGCCACUCUUGAUUAUUCUCCAUACAGAGAAAUUCACGAAUGUGUGACGACGACGCUUGUGCCCUGGUUGUGGACAAUGGCUCCGGUAUGGUCAAGGCCGGCUUCGCUGGUGACGACGCUCCCCGCGCCGUCUUUCCCUCCAUCGUCGGCCGUCCUCGUCACCAGGGUGUGAUGGUCGGUAUGGGUCAGAAGGACGCCUACGUCGGAGAUGAGGCCCAGAGCAAGAGAGGUAUCCUGACUCUCAAGUACCCCAUCGAGCACGGCAUCAUCACCAACUGGGACGACAUGGAGAAGAUCUGGCAUCAUUCUUUCUACAACGAGCUGCGUGUUGCCCCUGAGGAGUCUCCUGUCCUCCUCACUGAGGCUCCUCUCAACCCCAAGGCCAACCGUGAGAAGAUGACUCAAAUUAUGUUUGAAACUUUUGCAGCCCCGGCCAUGUACGUGGCCAUCCAGGCCGUGUUGUCCCUGUACGCCUCUGGUCGUACCACAGGUAUCGUGCUGGACUCUGGUGAUGGUGUGUCUCACACUGUUCCCAUCUACGAGGGAUAUGCUCUUCCACACGCUAUCCUUCGUCUUGACCUGGCUGGCCGAGACUUGACUGAUUACUUGAUGAAGAUUCUUACUGAACGUGGCUACUCCUUUACAACUACUGCAGAACGUGAGAUAGUUCGCGAUGUGAAGGAAAAACUAUGUUACGUAGCUCUUGAUUUCGAGGGGGAGAUGAACGUUGCCGCUGCUUCAUCGUCUCUGGAGAAAUCUUACGAACUGCCAGACGGACAGGUUAUUACUAUUGGUAAUGAACGUUUUCGUUGUCCUGAAGCUCUCUUCCAACCUUCAUUUUUAGGCAUGGAAUCUGUGGGUAUUCACGAAACAGUUUUCAACUCAAUAAUGAGAUGCGACAUUGACAUAAGAAAAGAUCUAUAUGCCAAUACAGUCAUGUCUGGUGGUACCACCAUGUACCCUGGUAUUGCUGACCGCAUGCAGAAAGAAAUAACUUCUUUGGCUCCUUCUACCAUCAAGAUCAAGAUCAUUGCUCCUCCCGAGCGUAAGUACUCCGUCUGGAUCGGUGGUUCCAUCCUGGCCUCACUGUCCACUUUCCAGUCCAUGUGGAUCACCAAGGAGGAGUACGAUGAGUCCGGCCCCGGCAUCGUCCACCGCAAAUGUUUUUAAUUUUUUGAGUAUUUAUAGUAAUCUGAUUUCAAAACACACAUGCAUAAAGUUUUCCAUUGUGAUUAAGCUGGUUGUUUAUAAAAAUAAUAUUUCUGUUAUUGUCCAUUGUCAAUUAUUCUUGGUUGAAAUAGACUGAUGUGUUAGGUGAUUUUAAAUAACUCACAUUUGUAACUCCUAUAAUUAAAUCUUGCGGUUCACUUAGUGUUUCCAACAUGUAGCGUAUCUCUGGUAGCUAAUCUAUGUACCAAAGUUCCAAAUGCACAAACAAGGAACUGGUGGAGUUUGAACCUACGGCGGGGGAGUCUUAAAACUCCAGGCCAAUGCUCUGAAAAAUAUUUCACCUUCCCAGUUAGGAAAAGAAAAUCCCAGUUGGG